ACUGUUCUGCUUGCACAAGGUCAUCGGUAGAUGUGUUACCGAAAUUUCACCAUUCGAGAUGACAGAAGAUUAGGACAUUUAUUCACACACUUUCCACCUGUUCAUGAUAGUGAGAGAUGGGUGUCAAAAGUCAUAUAGCCCUGGUUCUUCUUGUAAUAGACUAUGUUGUAUCUCUUAACUUCAAGGGUUUCAAGGCAGUGGAGUCAUGCCUUGAUCCAGAUACUUUCAAUGGUGGACCUAUCGGACGAAUUGAAGGCAAAAGGAGUGUUUCAUCAUGUGCUGUUCUAUGCAGCAUUAAAGAAAACUGUCACUCCUUCACAUUUCGACUUUCCUCUUCAACAUGUUUCCUCCAUGGUAGAUACAUCCCUGACUGGCCUUGUGACCCAACAAGCGAUGUCCACUACAACGACAUAUACAACCCUUGUCAACAUGGUGGCGAUUAUAAUGCCGGCACAGACAUUUGUGUGUGCUAUAACGGUUACCUUGGAAAUAGGUGUGAGAGGUUAAUGACAGACUGUUCAGACGGCGUCAGUUAUUACAACGGCAAGCAUGCUAAAUAUCUUAUGCAGCCAAGCCUCGCUCCACAACCAUUCACUGUAUUUUGCGAAAUGCAUUACGGGGGCAGAACCAUGAUUCUCAAACAAGAGGAUGAUAGUGAGAGCUUCAAUCGUUCCUGGAAGGACUACAAGCAAGGUUUCGGGAACGUAAUGGGGAAUCACUGGCUUGGCAACGACUACAUCCACUAUAUCUCCAGCAGCAGGAAACAUUCACUAAUGGUUGAGAUCGUCCCGAAUUCUGGCUAUAACCAAUAUUACAUGGAGGACUUUAUUGUCGGAGAUGAAGCCAGUAAGUACCAACUAACAUUCGGCAAUCAUUUUACACAUGACCAAUUUCCACAUUCUUUGGAAGACUGCCUUGGACCCUUGAAAAGCUCCACAUUCAGCACCCCGGACCGUGACAAUGACAACAGUGUCAGGAACUGUGCUCAGGACUUUCAGUCAGGCUGGUGGUUCAAAGACUGCUCCACUUGCAAUCCCACAGGCGUUUAUGAGGCAGCACCUGUUGGUGGACAAGCUGGGGCAGCUGACAGUAACCUCCAUUGGACCCCUGGGCAGGGACUGGGAACCAUGUCACCGAGGAAGAUGAUCUUGUUCCUUGUCUACGACGACCCACACACGUGGGGAUAAGCCAACAGCUGUGAAAUAAUAACGAUUUUAACCAUAACAGGUCAGAUCACCAGACGAAGGAUAAAAGUAACCAUACGUGGAACUACACGUGUCAUUCGAGGCCCGCGUGACCAACGUGAGAAAUGUACGUGUCAUUUGGCCGCCACAAUUUCAUUCGUCAUGCAGGUCAUGAAUUUACAGGACAUUUGGGAGAUUAUGAACAAAUGUGACAGGUGUGUAAAUAUGACCAUCGUUUUCUUAUAUUUAUAACGAUUGAAAUAAUUGUAAAUGUUGUUCAUUGAUGACACUGGUUUUAAUGCCCUAAGGCUUGAAAUCGUGUAUGACUAGGUUUGGAUGUUUCCUAUAGUUUUGGGUAAUAUGACAGCAACGGGUCGUUAACAUGCAGCAACUACGUGAAUGAGUUAAUUGGAAACAUGCCGCGGUGAUCGUCUUUACCGCAGACAUUUCAAGUUUUCUGUGAGGCUGAGUAUUAGAUUACACAGUCGCACAGCAUUAAAUUGAAAUCAGGUUUUUAUGGUUUAACCAAAACAAAUGCUUAUAUAUAGGUUGUGGCGAUAUACUUGUUUCACAUAAAGCAAAGCAAUAAUAUAUGUAUUUGGCAUGACUAA